AUGCAUAGUGGAGCUCGAGCUCCUCGAUCGUGCUGGCGGUCCGCGGUGUGUCUAACCAACCAUGCCCAUUUCACAGCAAAGAAUGGAUAUCAUGCUAGCUUCGUGCCGAUGGUUCAAGAUGGUUUUCUGGCUGAUAAAUUGGUUCGUAUAGAUUGUAAAGGAUUGCCAAAAAGUGAUUAUCGGAAGAUUGGAGUCAAGCUCAGGGACAUUGUUCCUUGUAUUCUUGUGUCUUUUGACAAGGAGCUAUUGUUUGGUGGGGGAAAGACCAUGAUGAAAGCAUACAGGAUAAUGUGCACAAGGCAUUCCCUUCAGUUCUUCAAUUAG